AUGGACUUUCCAUCCACCCCGGACAAGUCUCGCAGCUUUCUGAGUAACGCAUCGACGACACCAUCCGGACCUCCGCCGUCAAGUGCCAACAACAACUCCUUUAUUCCACGAGCCGCUCCGCCGAAGUUCGGGAACUCAUCUCAGUCUCUUUUCGGCAAAUCCGGGAUCGAAAAUGACAGUAUCUUCGGGUCGUCAACCGGGUCGGACCAUUUCAUGCCACCGCGCAAGAAGGACCCGGCGCCGGCCAAACCCCUCGCUCAGUCGCAGUCGUUUUUUAACACGACCAAUGGCUCGCGGCUUAACGAAUCGACAAGUUUCGGGCAGUCAAAUAGCUUUACAUCCUCGUGGAUGAGUGAGGAGGGACAGGAGAUGGAACCUGAGGAAGAGUAUGAGGAUGAGUGGGAAGAUGAGACUAUGGACGUGGAUAAGACAAAGAAGUCGGGUGGACUCAGUUUCAUGGACUCUACCAUGAGUACGGAGCCGAUUCGGCCUACUACUGCUCUUGGUCACAGAAAGUCGAUCUACUCGAAUCCCACCAACGCCAAACGGCCCAAGCUCGAUGAACGAUGGGCGAGCCAAUCGCCAGUGCGCAAGACCGCGCUACCUCCGAAGAAAGAGUCCGUGUUACCGUCUAUUAUACGCAACUUCGCAUCCAGAUCUUCGCUUGCACCCGUCGAUGAGCAUAGUGAUGUGAUUUUGAGGACGGAAGAUGAAGUCUGUCGUCUGUAUGAUGAAGCCAGACAGGCUGAGGAACAAGGGAAGGAUUUUUACGUCUCUCUGUCUGAGAUAUCAAGUACACUCGCGAGUACGUGGAAAUCGUGCGCGGAGCGGAAUGGAUUUUCUGGGGCAGGUUUCGGUGUUGGCCGUGGAGAAAAUGCCCCGAACGUUGUCAAAGCCGGCUUCUUGGGCUCUCUAUUGCUCCAGCUCCAUCAUCCUCCAGUCAACCCUACCAAGACGGCGAGUCCCGCUGGCGCCUUUGGCCGUUUUGCGCCUCAGAGUCUCAUACCGGCCGGAUCCGAGGAGAGCACGUUCACGCCCACCCCGAGGGUUAUCCUGGAUUGGCUGAACGCGAAUCAUGUUUCGCAGUCGGCUGAUAUUCGGGCUUUGGAGGAAGUUGGACCCAAUCCUACCGCGUCGCCCAACUUUUGGGAAACGAUUACCUCUGCCGUUCUGCGCGGACGUCUGGCCGAGGCGUCGACAGUUCUGCGCUCUGCUGAUUUCAACUACGCGCGCUCUGCGCUUGAGGAUGGACUACCGCAGUCUGGUUACCGUGGCGCACAGCUCCAAAACAUUCAAAAAUGCAUCAACAAAGCUCUCCAGGUUCUGGACAGCUGUCCAGGUGUCCAGCAUGAGGACUGGGAAGUCAAGGGCACGGAAUGGUCUGUGUACAGGAAACGGGUGGUUGCAGCUGUGACAGAACUGGAGGAAUUUGCCGAAGGAGAUGAGACUUCACCGGAGCCACCGGUUGUGGAGAACCGGUUCCAAGCGGUUAAUUUUGGAUUGAAGUCAACCACUGGCGACCAGGGAUUCUCUUUUACCAAGUCUGCGCGUAUGGCGGAGAGUCGUGUCCCAUGGACUAUCUACCAGAACCUGCGCACGAUCUAUCGUGUAAUUCUCGGCGACCCAGGAGCGAUCAUGGGCCUUUCGCAAGACUGGAUCGAGGCCGUGAUUGGCCUUACGGCAUGGUGGGAUGGAGAGGAGGACAGCAGCCCAGAGGAUUCAUACUUACGUCGACUUGACUUGGCCCUUAGCAGCGCGACAAAUGACCCGACCACUGGCUUCCGGAUAAACACAGUCAGCGGCCUUGAGGUCGGACUAGCAUCCGUCUUUGAGGGCAACGUGGAUGGCGUGCUGAGAUUGCUCCAGACCUGGUCGCUUUGCAUCGCGUCCGCCGUUGCCGAAGUCGCUUCGGCCGGUGGGUGGAUGGACGCUGGCGAUGGCGCGCGCAAGCUGCCUGGCCUGAGUGAGGACGACCUCAUGGUCCUUUCCUAUGGUCAGGACACCAGCGCUGCUACACCUGUUCGCCGAGAUGACGUUCUCAAAGCUUACGCUUCUGGACUAUUUGAGCGGCGGUCUAUUAAGAAUGACAUCGGUCUACGGGAUGGGUGGGAGUUAGCGCUGGAGGUUCUGAGCCGGCUAGAAGAUAACGAGAAAAUGCAGAAGACAACGUCUGAGCUGUUGGGUAAACUGCCGCUUGAUACGGCCGAGCAGAUGGACAAGGUGGUGCUUCUUUGUUCGGAGUUGGGCUUGGAGAAUGAAGGCCGGAGAGUUUCUGAGCGAUACGGCGAUCUUACUGUUGAAAAGUCCGAUGAAUACGGUCUCGCGCUGGUGUGCUACGCUCGCGCGCAUAGCCGACGAAAGGUUAAGUCGGUGGUUGACUUGCUCAUCUCGUACAGCUUGGUUCAAUCACGAGCGUAUCCUGCAUCCGGAGAGCUAGACGAGCAGUUGCGAGCGUUGAUCCGCGAACCAAAGACCUGUCUGUCUGCGGUUGCGGGGUCGGAUGAGGAAGCAGCCAGUAUUCUCCAGUUCUAUUUCAGUGGUUACGCGACCUUGCGCCGGUUCUACGAGACGCGCGAUGAGGCGCUUUCAUUGUCGGAAGGUCAGCGUCCCCGGUUUAAGCCAUUGGCGCGACGACGGGCGGCGGCGCAGGCGCUGGUCGCGGUGAUUGGCAGUGCUGCUGAUAGUAUAUACGGAGGAUUGUAUGAUCCGGAGCGCGACUCUGCGGUGCAGGUGGAUGGAUUACUGGCGCUUCUGGGAGAGUCCCUGGUUUUCGUUGGAGAAUCCAACCCAAUCCUCACCCCCUCACAACAACUCACCAUCCUCUCCGCAGUCGAGGAUCUCGAAUCCGUAACCAGCCGCGUCUACGCCCAGUGCGAAGAAUGCUUCCGCUCCACCCUAAUCGCCUACAACCACUCCUCAACCACCACCGGCUCUGGCUCCCGCACAACCUCCGACCCAUAUGUCCUCCCUCCCUCACCUCGCGCCCUCCUCAAGAAAUCCGUCUCCGCAACCACAGCCUCCAGCAACUUCUCUCUGAUCGGCAACGACAUGCUUGAGUCCGCGCGGACGCGCUCACAGUCUGGAUCUGGGUCUGGGCUCGCGUCGGCUGGUAGCUCGGGGGUGUUGGUUCCGCGGCCGGGAGACAAGGACGGGGCGUACGAGCGCGGAUGGGAUUGGCGGAAGGGACUGGGCGAGGAGACAAGGGGCGAAGAUAUCCUGCGGAUGCUGCGGUUAGGACUUGCACGGGGAUUGAGUCUGGGUGUUCUGGGUUAA